AUGGAUCUCUAUGACCUCUCGCUCCCUUUCUGCUCGGCCGACGACCUGUACGAUGACCCUUGUUUCAGUAACAGCGACUUGACCUUCUUUGAUGACCUGGACGCUCAGCUGAUGGUGAAGACUGAGAACUUUCACCAACAUCACCAUGUCCCCAUCGUUCAGAAAGAGGAUGAGCAUGUGCGGGCCCCUGGGGGCCUCCAUCACGCAGGGCGCUGCUUGCAGUGGGCCUGCAAGGCUUGCAAGAAGAAGACAACGCACGCUGACAGAAGAAAGGCAGCGACAAUGAGGGAGAGGCGGCGGCUCAGCAAGGUCAACGAUGCAUUUGAGACCCUGAAGCGCUGCACGUCGUCCAAUCCCAAUCAGCGACUGGCCAAAGUGGAGAUUCUCCGCAACGCCAUCAGCUACAUUGAGUCCUUGCAGGCCGUGCUGAGGGAGAGCGACAGCAGUAGCUUCUAUCCAUCUCUCGAAGAGAAGAACUCAGAUGUGUCAAGCCCCCAGUCCAGCUGCUCCGAUGGCAUGAUGGAUUACAUCACCACUUGCUCAUCCAAAACAGAAGCCUGUGAUUCUUCACCCUGCAGCCGGACAGCUGACGAUUUCACAAGCGAGAAGCACGGCCUUACUUCUAGUUUGGACUGUUUGUCAAGCUUUGUGCAGCGGAUCAGUCCAGAGGCUGCGACCCUGGUCCCUCAGGGAGACCGGGCAGUUCCCAGAGGUCCCGGAUCACCCUUGAACACUCAUGAGGAGCCACACAGCAUGUACGAGUUGCUCUGA